AUGAAGAUUGCUGUCAUCAGGCCACCUUCUCACCGUCGAAGAUGUGAUGAACUCUUUCCUGACGGUUUUAAUGACGAAGAGGACUUCACUGUAGACGAUGUAGAUCGUAUCGAGGAACAUAUCUCAAGGUACCUAGCCGCGGUUCAUCUCUCCAGAGGUGAGUUCCGAGAGGCGGAACGCAGGCUCAUUUAUGCGAAGUCGAUGGAGAGCAAGGAUUUGUUGAUUAAGGUUUAUCAAAAGUGGGUGAAGGAUGGCCGUCUCAACGAACAAGAACGAGACAACUUGUUGAACAUAGUGCAAGAAUUAGAGCAAACUUCACUUUGCGACGCUGACGAGUCGUUCUUCUCUGUUAAGAGCGACCUUUCGGAUCAUACGCUAUCUAAUGGCUCACUAGGGAGAAAUAGCGCUUCAAGUGACGGCCGCCAGGCCUUUGGCAACACUUUUGAUGGAAGGAAAGUUGAAGAAUCAGAACAUACGGGAAAUCUCACCAUCGAUAAGCAAGAAAAGUUUCGCAGUGCUUCUUCAAUGACAACUAGUCGUUCAGUAACCGUUGCUAUACCUGAGGAGCGAGAGAUAUCUAAGGAAGAACCACUUCCUGAUAUCGGAGAUGGAACAACGUCAGUAGUGCGAAAACCUACGUAUGAGAUGUCUAUUAGUGCGGUCAGUUCGAUCUCUGUUAUACCCAGCCAAGCAACCACUUCGACGCCAGCCACCGCUACCGUCUCCAACCUACCACCUAUUGUGGCCAAUUCGCCUUUCGGAAAAUUCAUAACAAGUAAGGAGGCAGCAGCAUCGUAUUGGAAAUCGGGAAAACCACCCAAACCAGUGUUUGGGACGGUACCACCGUGUAUCAGUUCUUCGCAGCAAAAACCUGAACAAGGGAAUGCUGCGAAUAUGUCUCCAGUUCUUAACACAUGUUCUUCUUUGAAAGGCACCGCACAACCCCCAGCAACAGGCUCCAUUUGCUCUGGAACUUCAGGAACUGUUCACUCGCCAUUUUCCUCCGAAAGAUCUCAGAAAAAUAUUGCCGGAAGCCAGGGUCAAGUGCCUAUCUCACGGUCUUCUUCGAAUGUUGCAUCAAAUAAUUUCAUGCAACCCCAUCCCGAUGUCUGCGCUUUGGAAGAAGAGUUUCUUGAUGACGAUGAGAGCUUUUGCAAUAGUCUUAUCAUUGAACUGUGCAAAAAACAAUUAGAGAGGAGUCCAAGAAAAAUUCAAUCGACCAACUUUGCUGACCUCGGUGCUUUGCAAGAGAGAAUGGCUCAAAUCGCAAUACAGAUGCAGAAUACGGAGAACCAACCGCGUACGAGCAUGAUAACGCUGCCAUUGCCUCCGUCACCAUCUAUAGCGAGGACUGCACCAACUGAAGCACAAAUACUUAGCGAGCAACAACAAGAGUGUUUAAUAGAGCUGGAACAGAAGGUUGCCCAGCUAAUGCGUCCAACGGUGCAACCAACUAAAAAUACGGUAUUUUUCAUGGCUGGCGACGAUCCAGUUUCAGUUUCUCGAGGUUCUACUUCAGGAGUAGUAUCAUCGAGAUCGCCUUCACAUCCGGAUCGGCUUGGUUGGGAUCAUUUCGGGGAUCCAUUGAAAAGAAUGGAACAACUAGCCCGUCAUCCUGACACUAAUGGCGUUUGUUUUGGGUGUUUGGACGAUGAUGGUCAGGAUCAUGUUAUAAAGGCUUUAGAUCGAUUAGCUUACGAGUGGAAUAAUGCAAGUGAUUCCGAUGACGAAUAG